AUGAACUCACCCAAGCCCAUUGACCCACAAUGGUUGUCGGACACGCUCACACCGUACCUCCGCUACGCCUUCAGUCAUGCGCUGCGCAGUAAUGCUAGGAUCAAGCCUUAUAUUCAACGCGCUGCUAAUGCCUGCAAAAACAACCUUAACACCCCGGGUCAAGAUAGCGAUGCACAAUUUGAGCACGUUUUGCAAACGGUUGAGCGCCGCUGCCGGGGUCUCCCUGUGCAAACAAACGUGAUAACAGAUAAUCUGGAGGCUCUGGCGCAGUUUCUCAUUGGGAGGGCGCAAGUAAAGGGACCGUAUGAGCUGCCAGAUCUUGGUACUCCAGGUGGUGGCGAUAGGUUUGGAGCCUUUUUAGCAAGCUUGCCGCCCAAGCCAGUGCUUGGAGACAAACUCAUCGAUCCGCGACUUUGUUCUGCACUCCCUGGUCAGUUCGCCUCAUCAGAACUAUCAGGAACCUUAAGUAAGGCCGAAGAUCAGUUCUACCGGAGAAAGGAUCGGAGACGCAAGAACUUGUUUACUAUGCCUCCCUCGACAACACCACAGUCUCCAUCAACCGUGGAAAAACCUAGAGCUACACCAGGCUCUCUUGAGCCUCGCGACAAUCAGCAGAGACAAGCAUCAUUUCCUCAGCCAGGUCACCAACAGAGUCAUAAACCAAUUUUUCAGCCAGGACCUCAGCAAGGCUUCGGUGUACUAAUACCUCGGGAGCAACCUACUGCGUACAACGACAUCAUGUCUGGUCGGGCUGCAGUGAACCCUGUUCAAUCACGUCAUGACCAAGCGCAGGCUGGAUCCUUGGACACUUCAAAAAGGCCAGCUCAUACAAACACCUCAGCUCCACGCCAACAGGAAGCAUCUACAUCUACAUCCGGACCCUCUCCGCACCCUCCCCAGACCAACGAGUCCGUUUCUCAGCAGCAAAAUCCCUCCCACGCCAUCCUCUCCCAACCUCCCGCCCUCCUAUCCCAACCUCUUCAACCUCAACAAGUCACUGCACCCACCGCUCCUAACCCGCCCCACCAAAGUGAGUCCACCACCAUACCAGACAUACUCCUCUGGAGCACCUCCGCCGAGCUCGAAGCAGAAAUGGCUGCCUUCCGGAACCUCCCCCGAGCCGAGAAGAUGGCUAAACUGACAAAGAUUCUCUCCUCACUCCAGGCAAAACAUGCGGAGAAGGUCUUGCCUCCAAAGAGCGUGUCACGCGAACGCAGGACUUCUGUGGCGCCACUAUCACAGCGCCGGGGGUAG